AGGACAAGAUACAUGACCGACGGGAAGCAGACCCGACAAAGGACGAUACGUGUUCGUACAUGAUGAAGCAUUUAUGGAAAUAUGGGAUGCUCAGCCGGCUGUUCGGAUGCCUCUUCAUCCAGCAUUUUCGUGACCGAUCACUUACGAGGGCCACUGUUCGUAUAAUCAGUCUCUACACUUUCUAUUCUGCUGCGUGGAUACUGUUCAGCACAUCACUGUCAGCGGUGUUUAUUGUCAAGGUAUUUCUAUCGUCCGACAUAGCUCACUCGUUCACCAAGUCCCUCAUUUUCAUAUUGAACAACGUCGUGACUGUAAAGAUAGUUCUCAACUUCGCUUGCAUGACACUGGGAUCGUCCAGGCUGCUGCGUUUCCUGCGAAACUCGGAGGCUUACGAGAAAUCCGCAUCUUUCGCAAACGCCGAAAGCCGAAGGUUGCGCGUUCGCAUCCGAAAGAUGGCCAGCUUGGUGGCGCUCGUGGUCGUGUACGGCUUGGGCAUGACCGUGUACGCGGACAGCACGACGCAUGACAGCAGGGUGCGCGUCCCCGUCUUGGUCUGCAGCUCUUUCACGCUGUUCGUCUUUCUUUUCUACGACUCCCUGGCCUACAUCAUCCUCAGCUCGUGCUCGGCUGUCUUGACUCAGUACCUGCGCGUCGAGCUGGUAGCCUUGGGCAGUUGCAGGACGCCUCGCCACGUGGAACAAGUCAGGCUCAGGCUUCACGCCAUCAAGAAGCUCAAGUGCUCGCUGAACAAAAUUUGGCACCCGGCUCUGGCUGUUUGGUCAGCGUGCCUCAUACUAGUGCUGUGCAUAACCCUGUACGCCAUCUUCGAUGGUCACAUCGGGCAGCCAGAGGUUUGGCUGGCCUUAGCAUACGCGGCUUACGCCUCGAUGAGCUUCGCAGACGUCGCCAUCUCGAGUCAGUGCUUGAGCGAUCUGGCACAGCAGUUGAAGGAUGCCUCACUUCACGUGGAAACGAGCGGAGAAUCUUACAAGGAGCAGGUGCAAUACUUGCACAGAACGGUCGACCCUGAGGCCCUGUGCUUUACCGGGGGAGGCUUCUUCCGCCUCAACAAGGCUCUGCUGGUCUCUAUGGCCGGCUCCAUCAUCACGUACGCCGUCAUCCUAGUGCAGACAAGCGACGAACUCGCCGAUCACGUAGAUGUCUCCCGGCUGGUCUGAACACAAGCUUGGAAUGACUCGGCAAGAAAGUCAUCGCCGAGAACAAAAUAGGCUUUUCGUGAUUCACCCAAAGCCGGCGCUCACUCCUUGAACACUGUUAAAUACGAGCGCUUA